AUGAGUGUGUUUUCGGGUGCAAGAGAAUGGGACCUCGAUAUCGAUCGCUACCUUAAUCGUGUCAUUCCUCCUUCGCCGCUGUACAAGCUUCCGACGUCGAUAUCAAGGUUCCUCGGUUACAGAAAAGAAUCGCGACAGGAUGUUGGGAACAUACUUGGAGCGUUCUGGUCGUUGCUGGGCGCAUUCUGUGGUCUGGCGGUUGUGGCAGCAGUCUUCAACAAUACGGAUAGUAUACAACGGCAUCAGCCACCAGCGUUGAUCGCUUCAUUUGGUGCCUCUGCAAUUCUCGAGUACAACUCUAUACGUUCACCUCUCGGCCAACCCCGCAAUGCCCUGCUAGGCCACGGCAUCUCCGCGCUUAUUGGCGUCGGCGUGUCGAAGUUGUUUCAAUACUACCCAGAGUACGAGUCAAUAAAAUGGAUCGCGGGUGCCAUAGCAUGCGGCUGCGCGUCUGCUGUCAUGCUUUUGACCAACACCGUACAUCCUCCAGGCGGCGCAUCCGCCGUGCUCGCCGCCACAGACCCGGUCAUUACGGCCAUGGGUUGGUAUUUUGUCGGGCUUGUUCUCUGGGGCGCCACCCUUAUGGUUACAGUCGGGCUGAUCAUCAACAACAUUCAGAGGCAGUUUCCAAUAUAUUGGUGGACACCUGUGGAUUUACGCAAAGCGAAGAUUGAAGACGAAGAGGUAGUGCCAGACGGGAGAGGCGGAUUGGAACCAAAGAAGAGUGCGGAGGAACAACGUUACGACCAAACAGGGGAUAUAAUAGAAAUUAACGGUGCAGAAGUCUUACUACCCGACGAUAUAAGUCUGAAUGAGGAAGAGGCAAGGGUAUUAGAGAAACUACGAGAGAGGUUACGAAAGAGAGUAGACGUUAGGAGAGAGGGAGGGGACAUGGAGACAGAAGAGGCAGACAACACCAUGGUCUCCGCCUCGAAAGCUGCCCGCCAAGCGAAGCGCGCCGCUGACGGCGAUGCGAAGCCCAAGAAGACGGCCACUUCCAAGUUGUCGUCCAAGGCCAACUCCAAGAAUGCCUCCAAGGCCAACUCUGAGAACGGCGACGAUGCCGAGGACCUCGAGCUGAACGAGGAGGUCAAGAAGCUCACCAUGCAGGAGGACAAGCACGGUCUGUCUGACCGUGUCACCACCGGUGUGCUCGCCUCGCUCGAGCAGUCGCGCGAUGUCAAGAUCAUCUCUGCAUCACUCGUCUUCCACGGAAAAGUCCUCUUCAACGACUCCACCCUCGAGAUCAACUACGGCCGACGAUACGGUCUGUUGGGUGAGAACGGUUGCGGAAAGACCACUCUUCUCAAGGCUAUCGACAAGCGCGAGUUCCCCUUCCCAGAGCACAUCGACAUUUACCUGCUGAACCAGGGUGCCCCCAAGACCGAGCUGGGUGCCUUGGAGUGGGUCGUCCGUGAGGCUGAGAACGAGUUGGCCCGUCUCGAGAAGCUGGCCGAGGACAUUCUUGAGAAGGAUGGUCCCGAGAGCCCUCUUCUCGACGACAUCUACGAGCGUCAAGAAGACAUGGACCCAUCAACCUUCCAUACUCGCGCAUCUCUCAUUCUCACUGGUCUCGGCUUCAACAAGAACACCAUCAACAAGAAGACAAAGGACAUGUCUGGUGGAUGGCGUAUGCGUGUCGCGCUCGCCAAAGCGCUGUUCGUCAAGCCCGCCCUCCUGCUGCUCGACGACCCCACUGCCCAUUUGGACUUGGAAGCCUGUGUGUGGCUUGAGGAGUACAUGAAGAAGUGGGAGCGCACUUUGGUUCUCGUGUCCCACUCCAUGGACUUCUUGAACGGUGUCUGCACAAACAUGAUUGAUAUGCGUCAGAAGAAACUCCUCUACUACGGAGGCAACUACGACACAUACCACAAGACUCGUACUGAGCAGGAGGUCAACCAGACCAAGGCCUACGAGAAGCAGCAAGAUGAGAUCAAGCACAUCAAGAAGUUCAUUGCUUCCGCUGGUACCUACGCCAACUUGGUCAGGCAAGCCAAGUCUCGACAGAAGAUUUUGGACAAGAUGGAAGCCGACGGUCUCAUUGAGCCCGUUGCCGUUGACCGUGUCUUCACUUUCCGUUUCGCCGAUGUCGAGAAGCUGCCACCACCUGUACUUUCGCUCGACAAUGUCACCUUCUCUUACUCUGGAGACUCAAAGGAUAACCUGUACGAGAACCUCGACUUUGGUGUCGACAUGGACUCUCGAACAGCUCUUGUCGGACCUAACGGUGUUGGAAAGUCGACUUUGCUCAACAUCUUCACUGGAAAGCUCAGCCCCACAUCUGGUGUCGUAUCGCGCCACACUCACUUGAAGCUCGGUGUGUACAGCCAGCACUCUGCUGAACAGCUCGACCUCACCAAGUCUGCCCUCGACUUCGUCCGCGACAAGUUCCACCACAUCAGCCAAGAUCUUCAGUACUGGCGUCAACAGCUCGGCCGUUACGGUAUGACUGGUGAGGCCCAGACCUCCAAGAUGGCUACUCUGUCCGAUGGUCAGAAGUCCCGCAUUGUCUUUGCCCUGCUUGCUAUUGAGGGACCCAACAUGUUGUUGCUCGACGAGCCUACCAACGGUCUGGAUAUCCCAACCAUUGACAGUUUGGCGGAUGCCAUCAAUGCUUUCAGCGGUGGUGUCGUCGUCGUUUCUCACGACUUCCGAUUGCUCGACAAGAUUGCGAAGGAUAUCAUGGUCUGCGAACACAAGACCGUCCGCCGGUGGGACGGAAGCAUUGGCGAGUACAAGAACCAUCUCCGCAAGAAGAUGGCAUCGACUGGUGCUCUCUAA